AUGCUCGACACUCUACCAAUAACCCCCUACGCCGAAGCAAGCGCCACCCCCGUUCGUCUUCCCCCGGACCUCCCUAUCGAAAUAAUCUCCAAGAUCGUCAGUCUAUGCUGGCUUUCUCCUCUUACCAAUGUCGAGCGCAUCACCUUCAUGAAGUCGUCCGUGUUAGUGUCCAAAGCUUGGACUAUACUAUACAGUGAAGUGGCAUUCAAGGACGCUUUCAUUCCAUCGCUCGGGUACGCGAAGUAUUUCCAUAAUCUCCUCGAUGAUGCGUCGGCGAUUUUCGACGCCGACGUCCAUUCUAUGCCCGACAAACACUGCCGCUCGCUCACAUUCCAAAUCGAGAGGCCAACCGUCGAACUCCUUUUGAAACGCGAGGUACAAUAUAGCCCCGAUAACAACAAGAGCAUAUUCGACCUACUCGACUGGGUUACCGAUAUACCGUACCUCCCCCAUCUCCGACGCGUUUCUGUCAAAUACCUCGAUUGUGGGUACACAGAUCUCUUCGACAACAUGAGACUGGUCACCUUCCCACCCAGCGUAACCGACCUCGACAUCUCAUAUACGUUCAGACCCAACGUGCCCUCCCACUUCAUCCACCAGUUGCAGAAGACAUAUCCGGCCACCUCGCCAGAGGGGCUUCCGCUCAAUCACGUCAAGAAGUUGAGCGUCUUCGGUGGAGGUGUCUCCGCGACACUCGCGUUGCUGGUGACGAGCUGUGUCGGUCUGGAUGCAGUUCACACGGAUUUAGGCAAGGGUACACCUAGUAGAGAAGAGAAGGAGUAUCUAUCGACACUCAGGGAGCCUGCUAUCAGCCCUCACCUACUCCCUAUCUUAUUUAGUAUUUAA